GACUUCCAGUCCACACGUCUCCUUUUCCAUCUUGAGCUGCAAUUCUAGCAAUUAAGCAGCCUCAAAGCUUCUGUGAACUCUAUAAAUUCCACCUCUAAUUCUCUUUUGCAAGCAUCCCACUCAUCACUUUUUCACUUACUCUAUUUAGGCCAAUCUCUCUCAAAAUGUUAACCCACAACAGCAUGAUGAACCUUCUGUUUACCAUCACCCUGGCAAUAAUUCUUGCAGGAGCCCUCCCUAAAAAUGUCAUGGGCCAAGGUGUCUCGGUGCCAGACCUUGUGACACCAGCUUUCUUUAAUGGCAUAAUCAAUCAAGCUCCUGCAGGUUGUGCAGGAAAGAAUUUCUACUCAAGGGAUGCUUUUCUUAAAGCUCUCAAUUCAUAUCCUCAAUUUGGAAAAUUAGGUUCCGCUGAUGAUUCUAAACGGGAAGUUGCUGCCUUUUUUGCUCAUACCACCCAUGAGACUGGAUAUUUCUGCUACAAACAGGAGCAAAAUGUUCCUGCUAAUGAGAACUACUGCGAUAAAAACUUCCCAGCUUAUCCAUGUACCCCAGGCAAGAGAUACUUCGGGCGCGGUCCACUUCAACUAACAUGGAACUACAACUACGGAGCAGCUGGUAAAAGCAUCGGCUUUAAUGGGCUGAACAAUCCUGAAAUUGUGGCCACAGAUCCUGUCAUAUCAUUCAAGACUGCCUUAUGGUAUUGGAUGCAAAAUGUCCGCCCUUCUGUGACCCAAGGUUUUGGAGCUACGAUUAAAGCCAUUAAUGGUGCUGUUGAAUGCAAUGGAAAAGAACCUGCCAAAGUUAAAGCUAGAAUUGAUCUCUACACUAAAUAUUGCGGCCAAUUUGGUGUUUCUCCAGGGGGUAAUCUCCAAUGCUGAGAUACUUUUGCAUUGAAUAAGUCAGAAUAAUAAAUGCACGUACACCAAUCCUGCUAGCUUAGAUGAUAUCCUUAUUUAUGAGUGGGUCGAGUUUGAAUUUUCUUAUUGGUCAAUGGUUAUGUCUUGUAUUGACUGAAUUAUUAUGUAAGGUAGGAUUGUAAAAGAGGAUUUGUAUCCUCCCAUUGUACGAGAGCUUACUGCGUGCAGAUAAAUAAUAAAAAUAUAAAAUAAAUGCAUCAUUUUCUCUAA